CUUCAACCCGCCCAGUUCCUCCGGGGGCUCCGGCAGGACCGUCAGCAGCAACAGCUUCUGCUCAGCACAUCUGGGGUCCUGCUUGUCACUUGAUAGGGGAGCACUUCUCUUCCUUCAGCCGCUGCCCUCCUUCGGCUUGGACGUCGGCCACAGAACUCGUAUGAUGUCAAACAGUGAAAAAACACUCUCCCAGCAGCUUCGUCUGGCUCAGCUGCUACCGAGCAUUUGCCCGUGUCGUGUGUGUUUGCCUCAGAAGUUGCGCUUGGCUUUGAGGCGGCUGCGCAGGCUUACCUGGCCAGUCGGGUGGGGAGCGCGAUUUUAAACAUCGCCAACAAAUCAUCCGCUCGCUUGUCCGUGGCUGAGCGGCUGCCGCAAGAAAGAGCGAGGCUGCCUUUGGUAGUUCUGGUUGCAGUGGUUGCUUUGUAAGAAAUAAGAUCCUUAGGGCGGGGCGUUAUCCUUGGGUUUUGCAUACAUGUCCUUUUGAUACAAGGCCAGUUGCAUAUUGGAUUGAAGACAGCCUGGACGUGCUCAGUAACAGCCUGUUUAGCUUUUCAUUUGCAAAGGAAGUUAGUUUGCGAUAUACUUGUUUUCCUAUUUUCUGCCUCUGAAUAGCUCAGCUUUUAAAUUUUUGCUUUUGAAGAAGACUUGUUACACGCUACCUUUAUAAUGACACCCAAGCUUUCCUUCAGCCUUUCUUCAGAAGCCAGCCGCCUGAAUUUCUGCAGAUGACACUGGCUGUCCUAGUAGCCAGUCAGUAUCUCCAGUUAAGACUCCUUCUGAUGCUGGAAACAGUCCAAUCAGUUUUUGCACUGGUAGCGAUGGAGACUUCUCCAGGAAGAAAUUCAGUCCAGGGACCAUAAGUGAAGGGAACCCACAGCUGGCUCGAUAUAAGAAAGAGACAAAGACAAGCCUUGUAAAGCCUGGGAGUGAAGCCGAUUUUAGCUCUUCAAGCAGCACGGGCAGUAUUUCAGCGCCUGAAGUCCAUAUGUCUGCUGCGGGAAGCAAAAGAUCAUCUUUUUCUCGCAAUCGUGGCCCUUAUGGUCGGAAUAAUGGAUCCUUAUCCUACAAGUCUGGAGGCAGCCCACCAGCUUCCCGUGAAAAGGACCCUUUGUCAACACUGUGCAAAAACCAGCUGAGUCCUGCCAACAUCCAUCAGGGUUACAGGGCUUCUUCGGCCAGCAGCAGCAACUCAGGCUCAUACAAAGGAAGCGACAGCAGCCCAGUGAUGAGGCGAUCAGGGAGAUACAAUUCUUGUGGUGACAAUCACAGCACUAAGCUGCAAAAUCCAGAGCAGUAUUUGACUCCUCUGCAGCAGAAGGAAGUUACAGUACGGCAUUUGAAAACAAAGCUGAAGGAAUCUGAGAGCAAACUUAAAGAAAGGGAAGCAGAAAUAGAAGAGCUCAAAGCUCAGCUGGGACGGAUGAGGGAAGACUGGAUUGAAGAAGAGUGUAAUCGUGUAGAGGCAGAGCUGGCCUUAAAGGAAGCAAGAAGCAAAAUUAAACAACUCAAGCAGGUUAUGGAAACCAUGAAAAACAGCUUGGCUGAGAAAGACAAAAAAAUUCAGAAAUACUUCAUAGACAUAAACAUUCAAAACAAGAAACUGGAAUCUUUGUUGCAGAGCAUGGAGAUGUCUCAGAACAGCUCUACAAGGGAUGAUCAGUGCCUGGAGUACCCAUGUGACUUGGAGGAGAAGCCGUUAGCAUUGUCUGCCAUGAUGCCAGACAGCCUCAUCACAGAGGACCAAGCUCUAGAGGAGAUGGCAGAUAGUGGGCUGCUUCUUAAUGAGGACACAGCUAAUGGGACUGGUUCAUCUGAAGAGAGCUUGACCACCACAACCUCUGAGUUGAGUGAUCCAGCUCCCUCCAGUUCUGGUGUAAGUAGAGAGAUGCUUGAAAAUGUUCUGGAUGAAAAACUAUCUUCUGAGGAGGAGGAGGAGAAAAGAAGCAACGUAAUGGUGGAACAGGCCGUCCAGACUGACGUGGUGCCGUAUAGCCUAGAUGUGCAGCAGCUCAUUCAAAACAUCUUCAGAGCUCAAGAUACCUGUCCUCUAACCCCACCUUCUUCACUGAAGGAAUUGGGUGAAUUUUCUCUUGGAAGCUUCAGUGAUUCUGGUAUCAUAGUGGACUUAACUCCAAGUGAUCCAAACUCUGCCAUUCUUUUGUCUCCUAUGGAGUCCCCAUGCAGGAAGCUGGAGCAUGGAGUUAAGGAAAGCCAUUUCAUGAAAGAACUUGAUUUUACAGAACCUUAUGAUGAUGAAGCCUUUGGGUAUGUCAAUACUUUCUCUCAGACAGGAAUAAAGAGGAGAUACUGGAGCAGCAGUCUCCUCAGAGAUGUUCUGGCUGUAGCAGCCCCUGUUGUACCAACUAUCAUGUGGGCUUUCAGUACCCAGAGAGGAGGAACAGAUCCCAUUUACAAUAUCGGAGCAUUGCUUCGUGGUUGCUGCCUGGUGGCCCUGCACUCUUUACGCCGCACACCCUUCAAUAUCAAAACCUAAAGUCCACUCUGUCCCUGGGCACCAGCUGGCCGAGGCAGAGAGAAUGACAGAUGAGACAGAUCAUAAAAAGUUUUUGUAUAUUCUGGCAGAGUCCAUCGUUUUGCUUUUGACUAUUUGAUUUGCACUAUAAAUUAGUUUGAAAACAUGUUCCUUGUUUCAAAAUUAAAAAGAUGAAUCCUGUAGUUCCACAAGAUGUUUUUAACUGGUGUUUUUAACAGUAGCGCUGCCUAUAGAAAUAGUCCUCCUGCUCCCAGGCACUGUGUCCCUCCCCUGUGCUGGUGUCUUUCUGGUGCCAGAGCAGCUGCACAGUGAAUGUGACCAGGGAAAUCAAGAAGAAUUACAGCUAGCACGCGUUUGUGUUUGUUUGCUGAGUUAGCAUUAAGCUCAGUUUCCCUGGCUGGUUCACUGAGCAAAUGUACGAGCGCUUUGCACUGGUUCAAGAGUAGUGUGUGAUGCACACAGGAGCAAAUGGCCAGAGAAAGGUGGCGUAUUUCUUCAGGCAGCACCAACCUAAAACAUUUGUGAAACUACAGUGUUAAGUAGGUGACAUGGAGACUUGUUCCCACGUGUACUCCAGAAAGCAUGCUAGAGCUUUCCGUUUGUUGUCUGAAGUGUCAAUUCAAUUUAUAGGUAAACCCCAUACUCCCCAGGCAGCUUCCAGCACAUCGUUCGUGCCUGUCUUGUAUAGCGCUCUUCUCAAUCGUACAAUUGCUCGAGCAUUUCACUGGUCUUGUGCAUAUACGGGGACUGUAACCAAAAAUGUAUGUUGUUGGGAGUCUUGAAACAUGUUACAAUGAUAAGUAUAGGCGUGGGUACACUUUGAAUAUUAACGUUGUUCUAAAGUCUUAAUGUAUUGGAACCUGAUAGUCAUCCGAGCCCUUUGAAAUACUAUGUAUAAAUGUACUGUGUUUUAACUUAUUGUUUAUUUAACUGCUUUAUUGUAAAUUACCUUUAUAACUACAAGUUCAGUAAAGCAUGUUAGAAAUGUUAAA